UUUACCCACAAACACACGCCUUGACCCUCAGAACUCUGCAGCUUUUCAGCUUUUUAUUUAUUUUUUCUUUCCCCCGCAAGUUAAUAAAACGAAACAGGGUCUUCAAUCCAUGGCGUAACUCCAUUGAAGAAAUCCCAAGCUAUGCCUAAUCCAUUGAGAAAGUCUGGUUCUAAUUCAUCCGGUUCAAAAAACUCCUCCUCUUCUGAGAGGGGUUCUGGCUCCCUAGACAGCAUAAAUGUGGAGGACGGGAACAAGGACAAGGGGUCAGCUUGUUCUAAUGGUGGCCAGGGUAAGAAAUUGAGUGCUGCUAAGUAUAGAGCAAUUUUACUCAAGUGCCAAGGAAGGGACCCUAAAUCAGAUAAGAAGAAGAAGGUGACAGUGGGUCUCAAAGGGGGAAAUGACUCCCCUCAAGGGGUUAGGGGGAAUAUAGGAGGUCAGUGCUGUGGAAGUAACGUUAAGGGAGUGACAAGAGGACAAUCUCAAUGCUCCAGCAACGGUGAACGGUCUGCAAAAGUUGGAGCUAAAAGGCAAAGCUUGGAAACUGCCAUAGUCCAUCUGGAAGAGGGAGAGAUUAGAGAAGAGAACAUAGUUCCUCUGGAACCAGAAAAGGAUGGAGAGAAGCUUAAAGGCAAGCUUUGUGUAGGAGGAGGAGGAAAAAAAUGUUGCAAGGAUGUGCAACAGAGGGAUUUGAAGCUGAUGGCUAAAAGGGGAAAUGAUUAUAAUGUCUGUGUUAGAUGCAAGCUUGGUGGAAAGCUCUUGUGCUGUGACGGGAAGGGUUGCAAAAAGAACUAUCAUCUCAGAUGUCUGGAUCCUCCCAUGAAGGUUGUGCCACCUGGUGAUUGGUAUGGUCCCUGCUGCGCUAAGAAGAAUAGAGAGUCGGGUGUCAAUUCCUUGCCUAGAGCAGUAGAAUCCAAUUUGGAUGCUGUACAAGUGGAAUUGGCAGAUACUCAAGGCACAGGUACAACUAAAAACAAUUUACACAAUAUUGAUUCUGAUGACAGUGUUGGGAAACUGAAGGGGAAGCUUGUAGGUGUUGUUGCAUCGGAACAUAAGUCAGAAUCCAAGUUUGUCGAGUCCUGGGUUCCUGUCAAGCUUUCUGAUGUGCAGCUUGAGCAGUAUUGUAAUAUCCUACUUUCUAAUUCAGCAUUACUUCGUUCAUCUUCAAAAAUUGAUACUGUGGAGACUCUCCAGGAUGUUCUUAUUUCAGCCAGGAAGUGUUGCGACCAUCCGUAUUUUGUGGAACCUUCUUUGCAGAAAAUUCUCACAAAGGGUCUGGCAGAAGCCGAGUAUUUGAAUGUUGGAAUAAAAGCAAGUGGCAAACUACAAGUACUUGAUAAGAUCCUCUUAGAAACAAAAAAGCAAGGUCUAAGAGUCGUAAUCAUUUUUCAGUCGAAUGUCGGGUCUAGUGGAAUCUCUUCGGGAGAUAUCUUGGAUGAUGUUGUAUGUCAGAGAAGUGGUGUAGAUUCCUACGAACGUGUUGAUUGUGGAUUGAUCGUGCCAAAGAAGCAAUUUUCCAAAAACAAGCAAGCUGCCAUGAACAGGUUCAAUGACAAGGAUAAAGGGAGAAUUGUGUUUUUACUAGAUCGUCGUGCUUGCCACCCAAGCAUUAAGCUGUCAUCAGUCGAUAUUGUAAUUCUGUAUGACAGCGAUUUGAACCCGUACAAUGAUCUGAAAGUUCUGCAGAAGAUCACUAUUGACUCACAGCAUGAGCAGUUAAAACUGUUCCGUUUAUAUUCAGUAUGUACCUUGGAAGAAAUGGUUCUAGUUAAUGCUAAGCAAGAUGUGACUGUUGAUGCACAGAAUUUAGGCCGUUCCGCAAUUCAUCAAAUGCUUAGAUGGGGUGCUUCGUAUUCAUUCAGACAAUUGGUUGAGUUCCAUAGUUCCUCUUCAUCCUCUAGUUCAAUCUUUUCUUCUGAGCAUUUGGUGAAAGAAUUAUUUGGUCCGCUGCCUCAGGAAGGUGGAAGCCCUGGUACAAACAGUUCCUCGAUUGUUGUGAAAGUUAGUCAAACUGGAGGGACAUAUUCUAGUGAUGUUUCUCUGCCUGGUGAGCUGGAGAUGCAGUCAGUUGACGAAGAUCUCCCUCAUGUAUUUUGGGAAAAACUACUGAAUAGGACGAUACCGAAGUGGAGAUAUUUGCCUGAUUCUUCCUUAUCCCAGAGGACCCGUAAACGAGUUCAAUAUUUUGAAGGCUCAUUAGAAAAGACAGGCUUUGACUAUGCUAAUGUUCCAAAGAAGAGAAGGACCAUGGUUCUGCCCGGUACCAUUGAUGCGGAAGCUCAAAAACCAGUAGUCGUAGAAGAUAAAAGAGAAGUCGGUGGUGUAAACAAAGAAGGAGCAUGUGGAACUUCAGCUGGUGAUAGCUCUCAAUUUCUUCCAAGCCCUGCAGUUCCAACUGGUGCUGCUCGUUUUCGUAAAGCUAAUGCAAUCUCUAGCGUACCAGCAGCCUUUAUAGGCGAGUCUGAUAAAAUACCUGUGCAGCAAGAGUUGGAAGGAGAGACCAGAGAAGUCCAUCAAAGCUGUCAAAAGGUUCUCCUUCCUCCCUCUGAUCCUCCAUGUCCUGAACCCUUAGUUGAGAACCAGGUAGAGCUAGUAAGUAACUUAACUUCAGGGUCAGCUUCACAGCCUGACAAUGGCAUCCAGUCUGAACCUCCACAUCCUGAACCCCUGGUUGAGGACCAGGUUGAGCUUGUAAAUAACUCACCGUUAGGGUCUGCUUCGCAGCAUGACAUACAGCUAAACGAUAGCAUUCGACCUGAGCCUCCACGUCCUGUACCAGCAGCUGAGGAGCAGGUUGAGGUUGUAAAUAACUCAGCUUUACGGUCUGCUUCGCAGCAUAAUAUACAGCUAGACAAUGACAUUCAGUCUGAGCCGCCACGUCCUGUGCCACCAGUUGGGGAGGAGGUUGAGCUUGUAAAUAACUCAGUGUUAGGUUCUGCUUCACAGCAUGACAUACAGCUAGACAAUGGCAUUCGGCCCGAGCCUCCACGUCCUGUACCAGCAGCUGCAGAGCAGGUUGAGCUUGUAAAUAACUCAGCUUCAGGGUCAGCUUCACAACCUGACAUACAGCUAGAGGAUGGCAUUCAGCCCAAGCCUCCACAUUCUGAAACCCCAGUUGAGGAGCCGGUUGAGCUAGUAAUUAACUCUGCUUCAGGGUCAGCUUCACAACCUGACAUACAGGUAGACAAUGGCAUCCAAUCUGAGCCUCCAUGUCCUGAACCUCGAGUUGCGGAGCAGGUUCAGCUAGUAAAUAACUCAGCUUCAGGAUCAGCUGCACAGCCUAUACUGCUAGAUGACGGCAUUCAGUUUGAAUUAUCUUCACAUGAUGUUGUUGAGCACCUGGAAGCGAUUCUUGAACUGCCUAUGUCGAUUGACACAUCACAAGGUGGAAGGGGUACAUGUGUAUCAGAUUCCAGUAGCAUGGGUAGUGUCCCAGAUUGCAGUAAUCGUCCUCAACAAAGUGCUCCGAUGAAUUCUUAUUGGACUUCUCAGUUUGUGCCCCAUCAUGAACCUGUGUUGAAUGAAUCCGCACGAAUCCGUAACGAGCAGGACCAAGUUGGGGUAUUAAUCAACUCAGCUCCACAGCCUAGCAUCUCCCAGUUGGGACAUAACACUUCCUACCAGGCUGCAUUUCCAACACAGCCAGCUACAACUGAAGACCAUUUUGAGUUGCCUACUUACAAUGAUGCUCUGCAAGAUACAGUUUUGCAGCAGUCUGCGUUUAUAGACAGAUGUGUAGGUGGAAGUGGUACACGUGUAACAGAUUUCCAAAGCUUGGGAUUUCCAGUCCGCGUAAGUCAUCAUCCUUUACAUAUUACUCCUUUGACUUAUGCUUGGACUUCUCAGACUCUGCCCCAAGGUGACCCUCUUUUAAAUGAAUUGGCAAGAAUACGCCAAGAGCGGGAGAAAGCUUUGAAAUUCCAUGAAGAUGCGAAAAAGCGGAUCCAAUUUGAUUGUCACAAGGAGGUGCAAGAGAUUUAUAAAAAGUAUAGCAAGCUUGAUUAUGAUAAUGAUACUGCAUUAGCUCUGACGAAGAAUGCAAUGGACAUGAAUUAUAGCAAAGUCGCCAUGAAUGUGAUGUUAGCCAAGUAUUUAAGGGACAAAUGGCAGUGAGGCUACCAGGGCUGCUGGGCACUGAAUAACAUUCAAGGUACAGGUCCCUCAACUUUGAAUUCUUCUAUCGUAUUUGAGAAAUGUUCUUGGUGUCUAUGGGAAUUUUGAAAAUUUGAGCUGCAUUUAAAAUGCCGUAAUAAUUAAUGGUCGUGUGAUGCAACAAUGAUACCAAAUGGUUUUAUUUGCUUGGGAAAGGAUUAGAUUUCAUUUUUUUUCUUCACAAGCAAUGAUCGGUGUAAGAGACGCGGCGUCAGUUAGCUGGUCUCCCAAAUUUUGUAAGUCUGUGUAAAAGAGUCUUUUUGUAGAGAACUGAGUAAUGACAAAUCCUCAACUCAGAUACAGAUUAUAGCGUAUUUGCUUUGGUCGUACAUGCACAUAGAUAGGUCUACACAUGUAUAAACAGUUUAUGAAAUUAUUAUUA